AUGGCUCUAACCCAUUCCUCCUUCGCCACCUUAUUCCUCCUCUUGUCAUUGUCACUGACUGCCUCCGCCGGCGCUGGCGGUUACAACUAUGAUCAAAAGCCAGAUACAACCAAGCCAAAUUAUACUUACAACCCAAAACCACGGCCAGACGUUGUCAAACCAGACCUCCACAAACCAUAUUACGAGUCCAAUCCGAAGCCAACCCUCCCCAAACCAAAAUUUACAGAACCACAACCAGACAAUGGGUAUGACUUAAAGCCAUACCAUGGCCAACCAACCAUCCCCAAACCAGACACUGCCAAGCCAAAUUAUAGUUACAACCCAAAACCAGAUGUUCCCAAACCGAAAUUGACAAUGCCAAAACCCAACUAUGGUAAUCACCCAAAACCAAAGUUGAUCGUACCCAAACCAGACACUGCCAAGCCAAAUUAUGGUUACAAUCCAAAACCAGAUGUUUCCAAACCAAAGAUGACUGUACCAAAACCUGAUCAUGGUUAUGACCCAAAGGAGAAGGUUUAUGAACAACCAAAGUCAACUACACCAAAGCCAGAGAUUAUCACGCCGGAACCAAAGUUAUACAUACCAAAACCAAGUAAUGACAAACUGGACUAUGAGUAUAGUCCAAUCGGCAUAGAAGGUUUUGUCCUUUGCAAACAGGGUUCUAACUAUACCCCUAUUGAAGGAGCUGUGGUAAGAAUAGCAUGUACUGCUGUGGAUCACUAUGGUUACAAGAAAGUCCCUUUCUCCUGCUUGACAGAAGCAACUAAUGCAAAGGGGUACUACUUCAAAACAUUGCCAGCUUUAAAGCUCACAGAAUGCAAGGCUUACCUUGAAAGCUCUCCAUUGAAAACCUGCAACGUUCCAACAGAUAUGAACUAUGGGAUUACCGGUGCUCCCCUUUCAGCUUAUCACAUUCUCCAUGACAAGAAAAUAAAACUGUACUCUAUGAGGACCUUCUUCUACACCUCGACGACACCUACAUCAACCCCUGCUGGUUAUUAAAUUGUCUUCUCUCCAUGACUACAAUUCAUCUAUUUUUUACGUUGUUUAAAGCUGUUGUAACGGCUUGAUUUCCUUCUUGUUGUUUAUAUAUAUGGGCUUUUUUCUUGAUGAUCAGUUUCAUUAUCGGGAGAGUUUUGUGAUAAACAUUCUUCAAUUAAGAUUUUUCUUCUUUUCUUUUUGGGA